AUGGAUACGAAGCUAUCGAAUUCAAGCAACGCGUCGUAUGAGUAUGAUAACUUCGAGUACUGUUACGACGAUGACAACACAUCCUCUGUUGCCAAUGUGACGAUGGGCAUGCCCACCUCCAUUUCCAGCAUGACUGUUAUACUAGUGAUUUCAUACUCUUUAAUAUGUUUUAUAGGUCUCAUUGGAAAUGGAUUGGUGAUCUAUGUUGUGCUCCGAUUUGCUAAAAUGAAGACAGUCACGAACCUGUACAUCCUUAAUUUGGCCAUAUCUGAUGCUUUCUUCCUGAUGAGUUUACCGUUUUUGAUAACAACUUCUAUUUUACAAUAUUGGCCAUUCGGAGCAGCCAUGUGUAAAAUAUUCUUCGUACUGGUAUCCAUUAACCUCUUCACAGGAAUCUUCACACUGACCGCUCUGAGUGGUGACCGUUACCUGGCCGUCUGUCAUCCUGUGCGGUCAAGUCAAUACCGCACCACAAAUAUUGCGUUCUUCGUGUGCCUAUGUCUCUGGUCAAUUUCUUUCCUGGUAAUGUUACCCAUAAUUCUCUACUCAACGACAGUUAAACAAAUGGGCGAUUCUUCACACGAGACCUGCACUAUCGUCUGGCCUCCCGGACAACUGAUACCAGCUAGCAAGGCAUUUACCUGGUACACCUUCCUGCUCGGAUUUGCCAUUCCAGUGUCGAUGAUCUCUGCUCUUUAUCUAUCCGUUAUCCUCCGCCUACGUACUGUGGGUCCGGUCAUCAAAUCCAAGGAAAAGAAGCGAUCCCAUAGGAAAGUGACCAGGAUGGUGCUUACCGUGAUCUUUGUGUAUAUCAUUUGUUGGCUCCCUUAUUGGGUAUUCCAGGUUAACCUUACUUUCAUGAAAUCUGGAUUCGUCCUAACAGAAUGGCGUGUGUAUUUGUUUAGUUUUUUCACUGUCCUUACAAACGCGAAUAGUAUGCUCAACCCUGUAUUGUAUGCUUUCCUGAGCGACAACUUUCGUCGCAGUUUCGCGAAAGCAUUUAAAUGUCUCGGUCGUGCUGAUAUGGACCGUAGCAUAUAUACCAGGGAAAGUAGCUUCCCUGCCAAAAGUAAACAAUGGCGAAACGACUCGUGCAAAACACCAAAGGCUGAUAAGUAUGAAAUGGCUACCAUGCUAACAAGUGCUGAAAACACUCAACCAAACGCUAAAUCGGGUAGCAAGGGAUCCAUUAAUGACGAGAGUAACUUAUAUGUAGACAAAGAGAGUCAGACCCAAUGA